CCUUCCUCUCGAAUCACUUCGAUUCGAUUUCGCUUCGCUUCGCCUCGCGUUCGCCUUCUGCUUCGAUUUCGACUUCGAUUCGGCCGGCGGCGGCGGCGGCGGCGUCGGUUUGGGGGGAGUUAGGGUUAGGGUUAGGGUUAGGGUUUCCGGGGGUGAUCCCUCCCAUGGUGCAGCUGCCGAGCUCCGGGAAGCGGCCGGCCGAGCCGGCCAUGGCGGCGGCGUCGGCGGCGGGGGCUACGGUGAAGCUGGAGGCGGACGAGAUGCUGCAUGGCGGCGAAGAGGACGGCGGCCCGCUCAGCAAGCGCGCCAAGGCGGGGGUCCAGAUGCCCGCGCCGCCGCCUCCGCCUCCGCCCCCGCAGCAGCAGGAUAUGUAUCACAAUGUACUUGACGAGCCUAGCCCAUUGGGUCUGCGGUUAAGAAAAAGUCCAUCUCUCUUGGAUUUGAUUCAGAUGAGACUUUCUCAAGCAAAUUCGACUGCAGGACAGUCCUCUGCAGAUGAUUGCAGUUCUGAGCCUCCAAAAAAGAAAGACCUUAAAUCAGGCACAUCAACAGCUGGGGAGCGCUUGAAAGCUUCAAACUUUCCUGCAAAUAUUUUGAGAAUUGGCACAUGGGAGUAUAUAUCACGGUAUGAAGGUGAUUUGGUGGCAAAAUGUUACUUCGCAAAACAUAAGCUUGUAUGGGAAGUUCUGGAAGGUGGUUUGAAGAGUAAGAUAGAAAUUCAGUGGUCGGAUAUUACUGCAUUGAAGGCAUCUUGCCCUGAAAAUGGACAGGGAACCUUGGAUGUGGUGUUGGCCCGACCUCCUCUCUUCUUCAAAGAGACGGAUCCUCAACCAAGGAAACACACACUGUGGCAAGCUACAUCUGAUUUCACAGGUGGCCAAGCAAGUAUGAACAGGAGGCAUUUUCUACAGUGCCCUUCAAGCUUGUUGAGCAAAAACUUUGAAAAGCUUCUCCAGUGUGAUCAGCGGCUAAACCAAUUGAGUCAGCAACCAGACAUCAUAUUGGACUCUCCCGUUUUUGAACCCAGAUGCUCUAUAUUUGAGGACCCAGUUGAAUCGAAGUGCCAAGGUUUUACUAAUUUGAAGGACGAACAUGAAUUAUCUGGGUUUUCAGGUUCUCUGUCACCCUGUGCUGGUUCAUCCAUGUCUGCUAAGAUUGAAGUCAAUGAUUCCAUUGCAACGCAAGCAGGAUUUCUUGCUCAGCCAGGAAACCCAGGACCUAGUGCAGUGAACGUUCAGGGAGUCAGCAGAAACGUAAAUGGUGCUCCAGAGUUAAAUAUCCCCAGCUGGUGGAGUCAACUGAAAGUGCCUGGGCUUAGACCGUCUAUGUCAGUGGAUGAUUUGGUAAACCACUUGGGAAACUGCAUCUCGGAGCAGAUCACAUCAGUCAAUCCUACAUUGCCCAGCAACGAGGUGCCAACAAAAGAAACACUGGAGGAGAUCGCUCAGUACCUUCUCGGAGAUGCACAGGGCCCACCGGCAUCGACAUCCGACGAGAGAUCGCUGAUGGCGAGGGUGGACUCCCUCUGCUGUUUGAUUCAGAAAGAUACGCCACCGGUGGCCCAGCCAAAGCCUGAACCAAACGACAGUGAUAGCAUUGGAGGCGAUGGCACCGAAGGUUCCGAUGAAGAAUUUAGCUCGGCUGCAUCCACAGUGAAAACUACAGGUCCCGCUCAGCCACCAGCCAUGUCAAGGAAGGACUCCUUCGGAGAUCUGCUGAUGAAUCUUCCCCGCAUCGCCUCGUUGCCCCAGUUCCUUUUCAAGAUACCCGAGGAUUCUGAGAAUUGAGUCUGGAUAUCCCAGGACUUCGAUCCUCAAUUCCUCAUUCCCUAAAUGAGGGAAGCUUCUGUAAAAAGAGAUUUGUACCUGAGCAAUAAGCCAGCCCGACCCCCCCUCUCUUGUCUUCUGUGGAUGAGAUGAGAGAGCUGUUCUUAGUCUUCAGUAUCCACCCUGUAAAUGUGUAAUCGAUUAGGUUGCUUCGGAUCGUGUCGGUAUCUUUCAGGAUUGCUAUGGGUCGUGGAUAAAGUGUUCAUUGGUUCUUUUUAACUCGGGCUUGCCCUUGUGCAAAAUUAGAAUUCAAGUCAAAUUGUUUACAACUUUCUUCAAUGCUGAGGUAUAUUGACUUUGAUUUGGUCA